UAUAAGGUUCUGGAUACUGUUUAGCAAGUGCUUAUUUAUUUAUUAGCCUACUAGAACCUUAAACCUUGCAAUUAGGCAGCAGCUCUGAACACAAUCCUUGUUAGUCUGAAAACAAACAAAAUGCAUUUUUAUGGCUAUGAAUUAUCACCCUUGAAAUGAUUCAGAGACAUGCACGAAUGAGUAUCAUAGCAUGAAUCAUUUACAUCUGAUGAAUCCAUCCUUCCUUUAUUUGUAGACAGAUCUGUGUUAAUCUAAAGUUCAAGAGGGUAAAGCCUGUUUAUUGCUCACUUGUAUUAAUCAUUUUUGCUGACUAUAGAAUGGGCCUUGUUUGUUUAGCUUUCUGUAGGUUGUUUAUCUGUCCAAAAUCAAUGCAAUUUCCUGACAUGCAAGUUUGCGCAGCAUCUGAAUGACAAGAGCCAAGUUCCAGGCUCCAAUGUAAUGUGAAUAACAUUAACUAUAUUAUAAUUAUUUAAUUUCAUCUAUCGCCUCCUAAUAUUGCAUGAAUGAAGAGGAUUAUAAUUGCCUGUUUAAACCUCUGUGCAACCCAUGCACUUUGCCUGUAGUUCACCCUGUUUACAUCAGUUGCUUCUUAAGUCUUGAAGAUUUCAUUUGUCUAAGCCUCUUUGGGGUGCUUUGGCCUUUUUGACCAUGAUGUAUUUGUGGUCCUGUGUGCCAUAUGUCCAUAUAUAAACUUGAGAUCCUUUUAGGAGACUUGAUUAGUGCUGCAUUUCUCAGAUCGCACACAUUUUAAGCUCUGUUCCCUACAGAUACAUGUGAUUGCAGAAAUAGAUUGACUUGCUUUGAGCUUCAAAACCUCAAUCCUAGUGGAUUAUUGCACAGGAAGAGCAUUUUCUGUGUUUGAUCAAUGCCACUAAAACCUCAGAAGUUAAAGGUAGAGUGACAUUGAUCGCCCCAUUUCCUGAGGUCAACAAAAACACUUGUCAUACAUAAUCGACUUGCAUCUAUAAUGUAAAUUAUAAUCUAAAUAUAAAUUGCAUUGGGUCAAAAUUGCAUUAUUACUUUUUUUAAUUUUUGUUUUAGUAUAUUCAUAAAUAAUAUAAAAUCAGUAGGAUUUAAUACCCCUCACUCACAACAAAUCCUUUAAAUUUACUGAAACUACCAGUGUAUUGGAAUAUUAUUUGGAAUAAGACGUAGCACAUUUCAGAUUAUUAAAAAAAGACAAUUUAUAUUUCAGAAAAUACGGCAUUAUAUGUUCAAUCUGACCCCAUUGCCUCAACCCUUUUUUAAAUAUUAAUAAAGAUGUUUAAAGCAAAAUUGGUACAUUUACAUUUAUUUAUUUACUUUUAUCCAUUGCCAUAAUGGCUGCAUAUGAUUUAGGAUCCUAACUUGAAGUUUUUUUGACAUGCAAAUCUGUAUUUGUACAUCUAUAUGUCUUGGCCUCCUGUCACCCUUCUUAUUGAGAUUACGGCAGCCUCUCCCAGGAAAACAGAUUAUGGAGAUGGCUGGACCUUUGAGGAUUAUUAUGCACUGUACGGUCUCUAUGCAAACUGGGACUGGGAAGCCAGGUUUCCAGUUUUUGAUACUGGGAUUGAUUCCCUUAAUUUGAAUAACUUUGUGUCCUUACCAGCUCCAGGCGUCCAGUCCAUCAGCAAAGCAUUUCAAUCAAAUUUUACUGACUCAAGUGCUUUCACAUCAACACUAAGCAUAAUCCCCUAUGGUCUGGCCCUGGUGUGUGGUGGUAAAGAGAGGGCCACUGCCUCAAACGGUGUUGAUUCCCUCCUCCACACAGUACAUCCUUUUUUCUCCUCCCCCUCCCUCUCUUACCCAGUGUGUAGGUUGCUUUAGGAUAGCCGGAGCGCUCAUGGUGGAGACCGCUGUGGUCGUUACGUUUUACAGGGGGUCCGGUACCUCUUUUGGGAUGGGGAUGUUGAACGAUCGCGUUCUGUUGGACUAGAACGGGCUGCGGAUGAACAGAGGACGCAGUGUCUCCAAUGCAUUCGGCUAGUUAAUCUGAAUGUACCGUCUGUUGUGUCGGCGCAGUGCCAUAUUGAGAGGCUACUGUAAAAUAAACGUGGGCAUCACACAUUGAACUGAGAAAACGCCCAAUGACAUGUUCGAUACAGCCAGUAAUUCUCCGCGCAGUACUCCCGGCAGCUCACCCUCCCUGCGCCGCCGUGUGCUGGGUGGCAGAGCCAGCGAAGGGGAGACGGGCGGGGACAGAAGCGCUGGGGGUUCAGAGAGCCCUCUGCCUCCUACUCCCUCCUCAUCCACCUCCUCCUACCCGCUUGCGGCCCGACACUUCACCCGCAAUGCCAAGAAAAUGCAGAGCUGGUAUAAUGUUCUUAGCCCUACAUACAAACAGAGGAAUGAAGACUUCCGUAAACUUUUUAAAAAGCUGCCUGAUACAGAGCGUCUCAUAGUGGACUACUCAUGUGCACUGCAGAGGGACAUUCUGCUCCAGGGCCGUCUCUACCUGUCGGAGAACUGGCUCUGCUUCUAUAGUAAUAUCUUCCGAUGGGAGACUACGAUAACCAUACUGCUGAAAGAUGUGACCAGUCUGACCAAGGAGAAGACGGCCAAGCUCAUCCCCAAUGCCAUCCAAAUUAGCACUGAACACGAGAAGCACUUCUUUACAUCAUUUGGGGCAAGGGAUCGCAGCUACAUGAUGAUCUUCAGACUAUGGCAGAAUGCACUGAUGGAUAAGACUCUGUCUCCUAAAGAGCUAUGGCACAUCGUUCACCAGUGUUACGGAACUGAGCUGGGGCUCACUAGUGAAGAUGAUGACUAUGUCUCCCCUACUGCUGAACAUAUGAACGGCCUGCUGCCAGGUGAGGAGCCGGUCUCCGUCACUGACCUGCUGGAUCUGGGUUCAGUGCCGGUGGCUCUGGUGGGCUCCUCUCCACCCUCAUCUGCCUCAGUUCUUCCCUGCGCUUCGGGAUCUUCACCUCCAUCCUCCUCUUCCUCUUCCUGCCAGCCUGUGGAGGUGCCAUCUACUCGGGCCAGCAUCGAACCUGAGCCCAGUCCACCCAGCUCCCAGAGCUCAUUGCCACCCACCACAAACACUGGAGCUGCCCUGUCCUCAACCGUCGUGGAAGAAGGCGGGGACAGCCAGUCAGAAUCUGCCAAUCAGUCACUUCAAUCUCCUCCCACUGUCCCACACAGCCUGGGAAACCUCUCGUCACUGGACAUCACCAAUGACGAAGAGCUCCCAACUGACCCCAGCAAUUCCUCUGACACUCAGGAAGAGAGUGAGGUGGAGUCCUUCUGUGCGGAUCUCAGCGGCCGGCUGCAUAUCAACACAGUUGUUGGCAUGAGCGUGGACAAGCUCCACGACCUCCUGUUCUCAGACACUCACUUUAUACAGCACCUCUUCUCACAGCGUCAUUUCACUGAUCUCUCUGUGCAUGAGUGGCAGCAGGACAGCAGCAGUGGGAACAGCAGUAGAGUUUUGAGUUACACCAUCGCCAUCAACAACCCGCUGGGCCCAAAAACUGCUCCUGUGGUGGAAACACAGACUCUCCACAAGAGCAGCACCCGGGGGGAGUGUUACGUGGUGGACUCGGAGGUCAUAACCUCGGGCAUCCCAUACCAGGACUACUUCUACACUGUACACCGAUACUGCCUCACCUCUGUCAACAAGCACAAGAGCCGCCUCAGGGUCUCGUCUGAUAUCUGCUACAGGAAGCAGCCGUGGAGUCUUGUGAAAGCUCUCAUAGAGAAGAACACUUGGAGCGGCAUUGAAGAGUAUUACAGACACAUGGAGAUGGAGGUGUGUAAGCUGGAAACGCUGUUACAGUCGGAAGUUUCUGUAGUGAGCACCGGUGAAGUGCCUUCCGCGGACUCCGCCAAGACUCCCCCCGGCCUGCGCAGACGCAAACGUAACUGUCCCAGACGAGCAGGAGAGCGGGAGAGAGAAAGGGACGGAGCUGGAGGCGGGGAGCGGGGCGACCGAGGAAUUGGAGAUGAGCGCGACAGGAGGGAAGCUGGUGCUCAGUAUAUAAGAUUAGGGGAGAGGUGGCGUGGAGCCGGCAACAACAACAAUAGCAUCUCCACCAUCCUGCUCAUAGUGAGCUUCAUUCUGGUUGUUCUGGUGGCUCUGAACAUGAUGCUCUUCUACAAACUCUGGGCGCUGGAACGGGCCGCACACACGCUGGAGACCUGGCACUCGUACUCUUUAACUGACAGUCCUCUGCCGCAGACAGCAGGAGAGUGGGCGCAGGUCCUGCAGCUCCAGAGGCAGUUCCACCAGGCCCAGAUGAACAAAUGGCAGCAGAUCCUACAGUCUUCUGUCACACUUCUGGAUCAGAUGAAACAGUCUCUGGAGAAGCUCCACAGAGGAAUGAUCACACCUGAGGUGCAGCAGGGGUCUGAAUCAGAACCAGAAACACUGACGGAUCAGUGAGAGCGUAUGGUAACCCCCUCACCCUACCGUUUACAGACUGCGGACCCCGUGACAUAGCCGUCCACGUGGGGCCAAAUCAUGGACGGGAGACGGUGCUCAACUCAGUGACAUUAAUGUUGGGAUUGAUGUGGGUAUCUUCUAGAUCACCCUUGUGUCCCAGCAGCAGCUACAGGAUUUUAUACUAGCUGAAUAAAACACAUGCAACUCUUUUAUCAAUCGAAAAACCAUGAACUCUGGGUCUGAAGCAAUAACACACAUGUAUGGGAGCGUCUGUGACUUACAGCUGUGCUGCAUCUUGAGCCGUUUGGUCCGUACUGCGUGUCUGAAAACUGAAUUUCAUCAUGGACCUUUCAAAAAAGAGCUCGGGAGAGAUGCGCUAAAGAUUUCAAAGAGGGAAAUGUCUGAAAUCAACCUCCAAGAGACCUCUCAACCGUAAUUUCACAAAUGUUAUUUUUAUAAGAGAAAUUUCAAUUUUCUCUUAUAUUACUGUUUUGCUGAUUUCAGAGCUGUUACUGAAACUCGUUUAAAGUGUGUCAGACCAUUGCAGUAUUUAUUUAAUAGACUUGAAUUACAGUCUAACGUCAUUGUGUUUCUGCUCAAACAAGGACCAACGUUGAAAUGGGUGGAACGAGUGGUAUGAAUAUAAAUUCCCAUUUUAGCAAUAAUCAUGUGGAAAAAUUGUAAUGGACAAUUAAAAGUUAAUCUAUAAGAAAGAAUGCAAAAAGUCAAAAGUCAAACUUUUACUUGGGGUAGAGUACCAGAGUGAAGAUUGUUUUACAAUUUUAACCAUUUCUUCUUUGUCCCUAAUGUUUUAGUUAUUAUUUUUGUUUUAAAUCCCUGUGAAUUUAUGACUUAGGGGUGAAAAGAGCUGUUUUGUGUAGUUGGUGUUAAGAAACUUGUGGAGUUUCACUGGAAUCAAACUUGAACUGUUCAGGGUUACUAUUAGCUUGAGCAGCUGAUGUGCACAGAUUGAAGAACUUCAGUCGUUCCUCGGCUGGACGUUUGGGACCAACCAGAACUCGAGGUCAGGAGGACCAUUGUCAUUUCACUCAACACUCUAGGCCAGUCUCGCACAGAACAUGUCUGUUUCACCUCAAUUUUUUUUUUUUUUUUUUUUGCAUUGUGCCAUUUUUGUGACAAUUAUGCACCCCUCAUAAUUUUUAUUUCAAUUUUUAUUCAUUUAAAUUUUGUCUACGAUUAUCACUGCUCUAAUGCAAUAAUGAAAACCAUCCUGUCCCGUACAUAUAAUUAUUUUACAUUAAAAUAAGCAUAAUUUACAAACCGUAAAACAUACUGCAUAAAUAAUAUAUUUAUUAUCCUUAAUUAAUAUAAAUAUUAUAUUAAUUAGUAGUGGGAAUUGAAAAAAAAAAAAAAAAGUAUAAAUUUUAAUGUGAAAUAUGAUGUGCAUGUUCUUGGUGAGAUUCACCUAGAGGCUGCGAGUUGGAUUUUUUUUGGUCCUUUGUUUCAUUAGGACUGUCUGUUACUGAUGUCCCCCGUCCAGCCGUUUCAUUUCUGUCCCUGUAUGUGUCGUCUCCUUCAGCCUCGGUGAUCUCUCCCUCCUCUGAGUGUGUUAUCAGAGCGUGUGUGUCUGUCUGUCUGCGGGCGCUGCUGUGCAAAGCCCUUGCUCUGAGUGAUAAAAGUGUGUGCUAUUUAUUCGGGUCAGGGAGAGAGUGAAGGUGGGAUGUAUUGUAUAGACACGAUUGUAAAGAUGACUUGUGACGGUCACAAAUGUAUAAUAAAAAAAAAUGCCAAAAAAUUGUAAAAUUGUGUUUAGUACUGA